UUGAAACUCAAAAAUGCCAAAACGCGUAAAAUUGUUUGAAGAUUAUUCUAGAUCUUAUAAAUACAAAAUUUUGAAGUUUAUGAGAGAACCGCAGGUUGAUAAAAAUUCAACCGAUAACAGUAUACCAACAGAAUACGACUCUGAUGGAAGCCAAGAUGAUGAAAUCGAUCAAAGAACUACAGAUGCCAAUGAUUUAUCUUCCUCGGAAAGUACCUCAAUUAGAUCUGACUCGACAAAAUCACGAGCUAGCUAUGAUGAACCAGAAAUUAGAGAUUUCAAUUCUCAUGGAUUAUUUCACGAUAGUUUUGUGGCACAAGACAUACUUGAGUUAUCACCUGGACAAACUCUUCCAACUCUUCAAGAUAAUACCUCUAGUUCUGGAGCCGAUCAGGAUGAUUUGAGUUCUAUUCAGUCUGCCGACACUUCCUCUAACCUUGAAUCUUCAGAAAAUUCUGAUAGUGAAGAAGAGGCGUCUUCAACUUCUGAGCAAAGUUUUUUCGAUGAUGACAUUUCCAAUGAACCUCUUUAUCCAGGAGCUCCUCUUUCUCUUCAUGAAAGUUUACUUUCAGUUCUUUUAUUGACUAUAAGACACAAAAUCUCUGAUUCACUCUUGUCUGAUAUAUUAUUGCUCAUUAGUACUCACUGCAUCGAGCCACAUCAUUGUUUAACUACUAAGUAUAAAUUUAAAAAAUAUUUUGACCGUUUGAAAAUUAAUUAUGACCGCCAUUAUUAUUGUCCUUCCUGUUAUCAUACGCUACCUUCGAAAAAUUCCAGUUGUGUUAAUUGUCAUCCUGUAACUGAUAAAAAUUCAAGUGUUCCUUACUUCAUAACAUUGUCUAUCCUUGCUCAGCUAUCAGCAAUGUUUUUACGUUCCGGAUUUUAUAAUUUAUUAAAUUAUCGUUUCACUAGAAACAAGACCAAUAACGAAAAUAAAGAGGAUAUUUAUGAUGGUGAUGUCUACAAAUCAUUCAUGGGGGUAGGUCAUUUUCUGUCUAAGUGCACGAAUAUUUCUUUUACCUGGAAUACAGAUGGUGUUUCUCCAUUUAAAUCUUCGAAGUUUAACGUAUGGCCUUUUUUCUUAAGAAUUAAUGAAUUGCCAUUCCUCGAGCGAAUAAAACCUGAAAAUACCAUAUUAGCUGGCUUGUGGUUUGGUUUUGAAAAGCCAGACCCUAAUAAAUUUAUGGCUGCAUUCUAUGAUGAGCUCAAAGUUUUUUACAACGGCUUAUAUUUCAAUGUUCCAAAUUUUAAUAUUCCUAUUUUCGUGCGAGGUUUUAUCAUGAAUGGAACUCUUGAUUUGCCCGCAAAGGCACUGUUUUUAAAUAUGAGUCCUCAUAUGGCACGGUAUGGAUGUCAAAAAUGUAAAAUUGCAAGUGAAAAAAUCGACCAUGUACAGUGUUAUCGUUUUACUAAUAAUUUAAAGCUACGAACCACAGAAGAAACAAUCGAACAGGCAGAAGAUGCUGUAAAAUUGAAAAAAAAAGACGUUCAAGGGGUAAAAGGACCUACUUUUUUAUCAAAAAUUUGUUACGAUUUUAUAAGAACUACUGCAGUUGAUUCUAUGCACUGUGUUGACUUGGGCGUUACAAAAAAACUAAUUUCACUGUUGUUUGAUAAAAAAUUCGCCACUCAUAAAGCUUCAUUGUACCAGUACGUUGACUUAAUCAAUGCAAGGAUUCGUUCUAUUCGUCCUCCGUGCAAUAUACUCAGACAGCCGAGAUUGAUAUCUGACAUGAAAUAUUGGAAAGCACAUGAAUUCCGUACCUUCUUACUUUAUUAUUCUCUACCUCUUCUUCAUGACUUGAUGGAUAAAAAUUAUUUCGAUCAUCUUAAAUUUUUGGUUUUAGGUGUUACUUUAUUGCACCAAGAAAGUGUUUCUGAUCAUAUGAUAACACUAGCAUCUCGACUAUUUACAGAGUUUGUGGGACGAUAUGAAGAUUUAUAUGGUUUAAACCACAUGACUUGUAAUCUACAUCACCUGCUUCAUUUACCCGAUGUUGUUAAAGAUCUGGGACCAUUAUGGGUGACUUCAUGUUAUCCAUUUGAAAAUUUAAAUGGAUUACUGAAAAGAUUAAUUCAUGGAACUCGUUACGUCCAGCUUCAAAUUUCUUCAGCCAUAACUAUUUUUAUUAAUCUCACUCGAGAAAAAUUUAAUACGUUCCUCUAUAAUUCUAAAAUAGCUUUAUUCUGUGAACGAUUAGAAAAAAGUGGUAAAAAUAGACGCAAGCUGAGGAAAAUUUAUGACAAUACAUCUAUCCUUGGAAACUGCAAAAGAGUCGAAAGUUUGCCAGAUGAUUUAGUUAUCUGUUUUUCGAAUCAUCAUACCUUGGGUGAUGUGAAAAAAAUCUACGAGUUUCAACGAUUAUUUAAAAAUCGAUUUGUUUAUGAAUCGCAAUUAUACAAACGUAAGAGAAAAAUAAACUCCACGUUUGUAAAAUAUUUUGACAUCGAAGAUCAAAACUAUUUUUUUGGAGUAAUUACAAAAUUUAUUCAGUUAUGUUUUUGUAACUGUCACAACAAUUGUGAAAAUUGCAUCUCAAAUUCGGAAUUUUAUGCUAUUAUUAAUAAAUUAACGACAAUAACACCGUUUGAAACAUUGUCCAAUGUGAAGAUAGACUCUAUACAUUUAUGUAAAAUAACUGAUGAAGAAAAUUUAUUUGCAGUUAAAAUUGAUAAUUUAAAAAAUGUUUGUUACACUGUUGAAAAAUUCAAUGACAAUAACUAUUUAUUCGUUAUUGAUUCAGUUUACUGCAUUGAUUCUCAAUAA